AUGGCAAAGCCGCUGACGGACGGCGAGAGGCGGAAGCAGAUCAGCGUGCGCGGGCUGGCGGGGCUGGGCGACGUGGCAGAGGUGCGGAAGAGCUUCAACCGGCACCUGCAUUUCACGCUCGUCAAGGACCGCAAUGUCGCCACGCGCCGCGACUACUACCUGGCACUGGCGCACACCGUGCGGGACCACCUGGUGGGCCGCUGGAUCCGCACGCAGCAGCGCUACUACGAGCGCGACCCCAAGCGCAUCUACUAUCUGUCCCUGGAAUUCUACAUGGGCCGCACCCUACAGAACACGAUGGUGAACCUGGGCCUCCAGAAUGCCUGCGAUGAAGCCAUCUAUCAGUUGGGACUGGAUUUGGAAGAACUGGAGGAAAUAGAAGAGGACGCUGGCCUGGGGAAUGGAGGCUUGGGGAGGCUCGCAGCCUGCUUCCUUGACUCGAUGGCCACCCUGGGCCUGGCGGCGUACGGCUAUGGGAUCCGCUAUGAGUUUGGGAUUUUCAACCAGAAGAUUGUCAAUGGCUGGCAGGUGGAGGAGGCCGAUGACUGGCUGCGCUACGGGAAUCCUUGGGAGAAGGCGCGGCCGGAGUACAUGCUGCCCGUGCACUUCUACGGGCGCGUGGAGCACAGCCCCGAAGGCGUGCGCUGGCUGGACACGCAGGUGGUGCUGGCCAUGCCGUAUGACACCCCGGUGCCGGGCUACAAGAAUGACACCGUCAACACCAUGAGGCUGUGGUCUGCCAAGGCGCCCAACGACUUCAAGCUCCAUGACUUCAACGUGGGCGGCUACAUCGAGGCGGUCCUGGACCGGAACCUGGCCGAGAACAUCUCCAGAGUCCUGUAUCCCAACGACAACUUCUUUGAAGGGAAGGAGCUGCGGCUGAAGCAGGAGUACUUCGUGGUGGCCGCCACCCUGCAGGACAUCAUACGGCGCUUCAAGUCGUCCAAGUUCGGCUGCCGCGACCCUGUGAGGACCUCCUUUGAGACGUUCCCAGACAAGGUGGCCAUCCAGCUGAACGACACCCACCCGGCCCUCGCCAUCCCCGAGCUCAUGCGGAUCCUGGUGGACGUGGAGAAGGUGGACUGGGACAAGGCCUGGGAAAUCACAAAGAAGACUUGUGCGUACACCAACCACACGGUGCUGCCUGAGGCCUUGGAGCGCUGGCCGGUGUCCAUGUUUGAGAAGCUGCUGCCGCGGCACCUGGACAUCAUCUACGCCAUCAAUCAGAGGCACCUGGACCAUGUGGCCGCCCUGUUCCCUGGGGACGUGGACCGCCUGCGGAGGAUGUCGGUGAUUGAGGAAGGGGACUGCAAGCGGAUCAACAUGGCGCACCUGUGUGUCAUCGGGUCCCACGCCGUCAACGGUGUGGCAAGGAUCCACUCGGAGAUCGUGAGGCAGUCAGUCUUUAAGGACUUUUAUGAGCUGGAGCCGGAGAAGUUCCAGAAUAAGACGAACGGCAUCACGCCCCGUCGCUGGCUGCUCCUGUGUAACCCGGGGCUGGCAGAGACCAUCGUGGAGAGGAUCGGGGAGGGUUUCCUGACAGACCUGAGCCAACUGAAGAAGCUGUUGCCGCUGGUCGGGGAUGAGGCGCUCAUCAGGGACGUGGCCCAGGUCAAGCAGGAAAACAAGGUCAAGUUCUCCGCCUUUCUGGAGAAGCAGUAUGGGGUGAAGGUCAACCCCUCAUCCAUGUUCGACGUGCACGUGAAGCGGAUCCAUGAGUACAAACGGCAGCUGCUCAACUGCCUGCACGUGGUCACCUUGUACAACCGAAUAAAGAAGGACCCGGCCCAGGCCUUUGUGCCCAGGACUGUCAUGAUUGGGGGCAAGGCAGCGCCCGGCUACCACAUGGCUAAGAAGAUCAUCAAGCUGGUCACGUCCAUUGGUGACAUCGUCAACCAUGAUCCGAUUGUGGGCGACAGGCUCAAAGUGAUCUUCCUGGAAAACUACCGGGUGUCCUUGGCCGAGAAAGUCAUCCCCGCCGCCGACCUGUCUCAGCAAAUCUCCACCGCGGGCACUGAGGCCUCAGGCACGGGCAACAUGAAGUUCAUGCUCAACGGGGCCCUCACCAUCGGCACCAUGGACGGGGCUAAUGUGGAGAUGGCUGAGGAGGCCGGGGCCGAGAACCUCUUCAUCUUUGGCCUGCGGGUGGAGGAUGUGGAGGCCCUGGACCAGAAAGGGUACAACGCCCACGAGUACUAUGACCGCCUGCCCGAGCUGCGGCAGGCCGUGGACCAGAUCAACAGCGGCUUCUUCUCCCCCAGGGAGCCCGACUGCUUUAAGGAUGUUGUCGACAUGCUGCUGAACCAUGACAGGUUCAAGGUGUUUGCGGAUUAUGAAGCAUACGUGGCGUGCCAGGCCCGGGUGGACCAGCUGUACCGGAACCCCAAGGAGUGGACCAAGAAGGUCAUCAGGAACAUUGCCUGCUCGGGCAAGUUUUCCAGUGACCGGACCAUCACAGAGUACGCCCGCGACAUCUGGGGCGCGGAGCCGCCUGCCCUGCAGGCCCCACCGCCCAGCCUCCCCAGGGACUAG